AUGACAAUUGAGAUAAAGCAUGUAGAAGCUGGAGAUACCUUUCACGUCUCUGUGAUAUAUGUAAAAUGUAAACUUUCUCUGAGAAUUCCUCUAUGGGAGAAUUUGAAACUAAAAUCUACUCUUUGCAUUGUGCCUUGGUGUGUGAUUGGAGAUUUUAAUGUCAUUACUUCUAUGGGUGAGAAGAUUGGAGGGAUACCAUACCAAAUGAAGAAGAGUAUUGAUUUCAUCAGCAUGAUUGAAGAAUGUGGUUUAACUGAUUUUGGUUUUUAUGGCCCAAGAUACACAUGGUCUAAUGGAAGAGGACUUGGUUCUAUAGUGUGGAAGAGAUUGGACAGGUGUCUUGUUAAUGAUCACUGGCUAACCUCUUUCCCUACUACUACUAUUGUCACACAUUUGGCUUCAGCAAGUUCUGACCAUUCACCUCUCCUAAUGGAAAUGCAUGUGAGACAAGAUAAUACCAAGAAAUACUUCAGGAUUUUAAACUGCUGGGUGAAGAAUGAAAGUUUCAUGCCACUGGUUCUAGAGGUGUGGAGCAUGCAGGUUACAGGAAGUCCAAUGUGGGUCUUUCACCAAAAACAUAAAGCCUUGUCUAGUGCUUUAAGUAAAUGGUCUAGACAGCAAUAUGGGGACAUCUUUCAGAAAUCAAAGGAGUAUGAACAGAAGGUUAAGUUAGCAGAAGAGAAAUGGGCUACUACCAAUGAUCUAACUAAUAGGAUUACCUUACCUGAACUUCAAGCUCAGUACAUUAAACACUUGAAACAUGAAGAGGAGGUACUGAAACAGAAGACACAACUACAAUGGUUCAAAGAAGGUAAUGCUAACUCCAGCUACUUUCACAGUUUGAUCAGAGGUAGAAGAAAAAAAAUUUUCAUCCACAAAAUCAAGGAUAAAGAAGGAGAUUGGAUUCAGGGUGAUGAAGCUAUUGAGGAAGCUGCUUGUGACUAUUUUGAAGAACUCAUCACUGAACCUUGA